AUGUCUCCUUCUAUCGUCAUACCACUUACUCAUGCGUUGAUUUCAGAAUUUCUUGAAUCCAACAAAUACUACAACACGUUGAAUGAAUUUCGUAAGGAAGCCAAAGAGGGCCUGGAGGAUAAGAACAAGAUACAACUUGACCGACCGCUGCUUUCCAUUAUACAAGAUUAUGUGAAGAAAGAAGCCGAGAGAUUGGUUUCGAAUGAAAGAAAAAUUGACGAGGAUUUGUACUCCUCCAAGGACACCUCAUACCCGCGAUAUAUCUGUGAAACCUUUUCUCAGAUUCACAACUCAAACAUUCUUACCAUCAAUCUUCAAAACGUUGCCUCAUCUUCCUACGUUGACAAUGAUUACGAAACCACUUUCAGUCCAACAAUAAUCACUGGAUCCGCAGACAAGACAAUAAAAUUCACUUCUCUACUCACCGGUGAUACCUUCAACACUUUUGACUAUCACAAAGGUGGCGUUCUUGCAAUCGAUUUUCAUCCCGUUCGUUCAAAUAUCAUGUUGUCAGCUUCUAUGGAUGGGAGCUGUGCGUUAACCGAUGUUUCCACGAUGGAUGUUAAACAAGCAUUUAAAGACCAUCAGAAACCCGUUGUCAGAGCAAAGUUUUCUCCUGACGGAAGCAUGAUCGUAACUGCAGGCUAUGAUCACUCUCUGAACUUUUAUAAAAUGGACGGCUCUUCUAACGGAUCAGGCGCCAAUAUCUUCUCACCAACAACUCCCCAUAAUUCAUCAAAUCUCUUAUCCCCGGCUACCCCUUCUACACCGCUUCCUCUUUACUCCAAAGUUCACACCAUAACCUUUGAUUCAAAGAUCGAAUCACUUUGUUUUCUUCCAAACUCAUCUUUCUUAAUAGUUGGCAUAAGAGAAUCAUGUUACCUUCAUUACAUAAACCUUCAACAAGAUCUAUUUGAAAUUACGAAAUACAAUAUGAAUCUUAAUGGAGAUGAUUGGGUGUCAUUCACCGCGAUGGAUAUCGUUCCUAGUCCAAACAAUGACGGAAAAUAUUUAUUGGUCUCUACAGAUGACGAAAACGGUAGAAUAAUCUUAUAUAAGACGUUCGGUGAUGCCACCAACGCUACAACAAAUGGAAAUGGUGUAAAUCAUUCGUCAACGACGUUAAUCCAGAUAGCAAACUUUUACGAUGAAUUCAUUACUUUCAGCGACGAUUCAUACUCUUCCACUCUGUCCCGAAAACUGACGAACCCACGUCUUCUUUGGCACCCGUCCGGUAAUUUCUUCUACUCCUACGGGGUAGAUUCGAUUAUUCGUGUAUACUCCCUACGCACAAAGAAAUUGGUUGAUCAGGUCAAAGGGCACAAUGAUGUGGUGAGAGGGAUGUGGUAUGAUGAAGAUAGAGAUUUAUUGGUCACUUGUGGAUUUGAUAAAUCUGCUAAAGUUUGGUGCAGUGAUGAAUUGUCUAGUAGGGAAUUGAUCAAAGGGUUAAGAAGUGAAGAGGAGGAAAAGAUAAUGAUGCUUGGAUCAAGAAGAAAUACCAUUGUGUAA